CUUCGACUCGCCGCCCCCCAGUUCCACUUGGUUCCAUCCAUCCACCCAUUCAUCACCGCUUCGUCGCCCUUUCCUCUCUCCUGCUUGCUGUCCCUUCCAUCUCUACCUCUCUUAACCUUCCCAUCAUCCUCUUUCCGCCCUCCUUCUACUCUCCUUCUUUCCGCCUCGCCCUCUUAUCUACUGGUCUAACGACCUUCUUCUCUCUUCGACCUUGCAUCCCAACCAUUCUCGUCGUUUCCAACAACUGUACGAGUCACGAGCUGUCUGUCACUCCCCGACUACGCCGCCCAGCAAGCAAGUCUAGUAUUUUCGCCUCGACUUUUACCAACUAGAUCGAAGAGAAAGAAGUGUUGUUGCUAUUUUGCAUCGCCAGAUUAAGCACAUAAGCGAAUUGCGAGCUCCAAUCUUGCACACUCGACCCCUCGCCUCGCACCGACCGCUCUCGCCUACUCCGGCAGUCCUCACCUUCCAACCACCACGGAUUGAGUCGUUGGGGUUCUCCCCUUUCGACACUCUCAUAUUAUAGCGUAGCCGCUUUUUAGCUUUGCCUUUGUGCAUCGCCUUUCAUUCGCGCAGCGACGCUUUGGUUGGCCUGAUUACGAAACCUACCAGGCACCCAUCUCACCCCUCAUACUCAUCUCUUCCCAUACGGCUUCGACCCCCGCCGUUGGUUGAUUGUACUUGGCCUGCAACGUUGUUGGAGAUCAUUCUGUUACACCACUCACCGAAAACGACUUCCCAUGUCAUCAUAACGAUUUUCUCCCAUCUUCUUCAAACCAUUGAGGCCACCUCGGCUCUCUUGCGGCCAUCGCUACGACGUUUCGACCAUCCAUUUCUUUUGUUCCAAUACUGUUGAAAUCCUUCAAAUGAGCCUUUGAUUUUCGAUCUUUUCUUUUCUUUUUUGCUACGAACACAUCCUAUACGCUUGCGGAUGCUAUAUCACUUUUCCAAACUGCCAGCGAUAUCUGUACAUUCUCAUCACUCAAUUCUCUCACCACAGUCUUCAUUUUAGGAAGACUCUUUCGCAAGCACAUCUACAAAUUAUCAGCUGCCCCGCAUAGGCUGAGCAAUUCACGUCCGGCAAUUUAUUAUAUCAUACCCCGCGACGUGUCUAUAACGGCGAAAUAACAUCGGUUAUUGUACAACUACCACCGUUAUCCUUUUUUGUUACGUUUACUUCCGGUAAACCCUGUUGUAUCUUUUUUUUGGCUCUCACCCGCCAUCCAACUGUUCUUUCACGUCCCACGGCAUGGAGUGCCUACGGGAAAAAUUCAUUGGUGGCCUUCUCCUUGACGGGGGACGCUACCAGACCCUCUCACCUCUCAACCAUGGUUCCUUCGGUAUGGUUUUCCUUGCUCAGGAUUUGAUGACCAAUCAACCAGUUGCCAUCAAGUGCCUGACAAAGAAGUCAGAUGGUGCCGACGACGAGCAAGAGUUUGCUGUUGACGACCACUCUGAGGAAUUUGCUCUCCACCGCAGCCUAGGCACACAUGAAAACAUUGUCAACCUCCUGAACUCGUUUGAAACCGAAUCUCAUUUCUAUCUGGUGAUGGAAUUCUGUGGUCAGGGUGACUUGUAUGAAGCUAUUCGCAACGGUCAUGGUCCCCUGCAAACUGAGCAUGUUCGUCAAUUUAUGCUUCAGCUUGUUGAUGCUGUCUCCUUUAUCCACUCUAAAGGCGUGUAUCACCGAGACAUCAAACCCGAAAACAUUUUCCUUACCCAAGACGGGUCUCUGAAGCUGGGAGACUUUGGACUUGCAACAACCGACAAGUGGUCGUACGAGAUGACUGUUGGAAGUGACCGUUAUAUGGCCCCAGAGCAGUUCGACUCUGCCGGUGACGGUUACGCUCCAGCUGAGGCUGACAUCUGGGCCAUUGGCAUCUGUUUGUUGAACAUUCUGUUCUCUAGAAACCCCUUCACGACUCCCACUGAAGCGGAUCCGAUUUUCCUUGACUACUCGCGAGACAAGCAAAGUCUAUUUGACGUAUUCCCGGAUAUGUCGCAAGACACCUACGAAGUCAUUGUUCAAUGCAUGAACUUGGAUCCGAAGCGCAGAUCUAUCGUUGGUGCUCGUGAUGCUUUGAUGCGAGUUGUUAGCUUCACGACUGAAGAUGAAAGCCUGGACGACUUCUGUGGAGCCGAAAAGGCAACUGUCUCAUCUGCCAACCGUGAACCGCUCCGCACACCAUCCAUUCAGAGCCCUCAGAUGGAACUCGGAAACUUCCCGUGGACCAGGGUCCUCCAUGCUACUCCCAAGGAGGGUCGCCAACUCAGUGUCAUUCCAGACGAUGAGAGCUACACGGAAGAUCUUUUCUCCAAGUCUGAAGAGACGGUCGACUGGUGCUCUGCUGCUGUCCACACUCCUUCUCUGUCGUCCAUGAUGGGUUCUCAUCUCACCACGUCCAUGAAAAACUUGACUAUUGGAAAGCCUCUUCCCGCCAAGCUCACUGUCGCCGGCUCUCUGCCCAUUACCAUGUCGAAGCCAGCGCCUCUUUCCAUGUCAACCGUUUUUGGUCGCCACCAAGACUCCGUUUCUAAGAGCUGGAGUGACAUGUGGGAGGAAGACGAAGAGGAAGAGCGUGAACAAGAGAGACAGACUCGCAAAGCCCUCAAUUCGCGCACUUGGAGUCAAGAAAGUGUGAAGCGUGUCAACAUUGAUAGCUCAGUUCAGCCACUACAUGGUUCUACUGAUGAGAUCAAGGGCAACGUGGAUGACGACUUGGUUGCAGACGGCUUUUUCUUUCAAGAAAUUGAGGAGGCAAAACCAGUUGAACAGAUUAUUCCUCGUUAUUCACCACCUUCCAAGCGCAGCACUUUUGACAAGUGGGCUGCUCUCGGCGAACGUCGCCGGGGUCAGGCUAGUGUUGCAGAGGAGAGGCAGUCCGCUUUCAAGCCUCGCCGUCAAGUGGGCUUUGGAAAGUCUUACCAAGAACCCAGCGCUACAGAUUUCUCUCAACACAAGAGUUGGCUUAAGGAUCGACCCAAGGAAAACCCUUGGACCAGGGGAAAAGAUUGGAAUUGGCGCCAGAACAAGCGCGCCGAAGGAGAUCUUGAGUGGGUUGGUGGUUGGUAAGAGACGCUUCUCUUGCAGCCACCAAUCACGGUUGAGUUGCUAAGAAGAUGCUGCAUUCAAUUGCAGUCAGCACUGAUGGUAUCAAGACUACUGCAUGGUGUGUUUUGUCUAUCAUGUGCAUGCUUAAGCAGACAUCAACUCGCUUCCUGCGUAUCAGAUAAUUUUUAUUUAGAUAGUCCACAAUACCAGAAGUUACCCACUC